UUGAAAAUUACUAUCCCUCACAUCAACGCCACCCUGUUGCCAUCUACCUCCCCCUCCACCCAACGCAGCUCUGUGUUCCUCUGUUCUUCUCACCGGAAGGAGCUUGGCUCCCACUGAACGAGGUGCGGCAGCCUAUUCCUCGGCACCCGAGUUGCCCUACCACGGCGAGCCCCCUCAUCUGGCGGCGCUGCGCGAGGGCAGUCGGCGGCGAUCUGGUCCACACGGAAGAGGCGGGGAGGGAUAAAAUGUCAAUUCCUUUUAGUGGAGUACAAGCUACGAUGGUUAUCAAUCGGGUAGAAAACAGCGCCCAAUCUCCUGAAGAUUGGAAUAGCGAUGGUGAUGGUUCAGGUUGUUCAACCGGAGUAGCUGGCACACCAUGUUUCACCUCUAGGUUAUCACUGCUCAAGGCUGGUUCAGUAAUAGCACAGUUUAGUGAAUUCAAGCAGGAGCUAGUUAGGGAAACCGGUUUCGGAGGAAUGCUAGAGUUGAAGUCAUGGCAUAAGAUUAACUUGAAAUACAGUGCUUAUUUGAUGGAUAGAGUUGAUUUAGAUUCCUGCUCCUUGAACCUGGAGUCACAGGGGGUGUUGGAUUUGUUUGACAAGGAUUUGAACUAUGUUUUUGGCAUCCCAUGUGGGAAUCUAACAAUUGAAGGUGAAGGCGUUGAACCAUCUGUAGCUUGUAUCGAGUACACACGGAUAGCAGCAUCAUUUAGCGAGAAAGGCACACACAGCCUCAAAGCCGCUGAAUCAUUCUUGUUUGGACCCAUAUCAGAAGAAUCAACAGAAACAGAGAAGGAUUGUUUCAAAAUUGCAUUUGUGAUUUUCAUCAUUGGACAUGUGCUCGCCCCGACCGCCAAACAUGACUACAUAUCAGUAGAUUUCUGGGCAGCACUGAACGAUGUCAGCAAGAUCAAAGAUUGGAACUGGGGGGCUUACGUACUGAAAAAUUUGCUCCAAGCAGUGAAGAAGUUCAAAAACGAUGUUUCAAAGAGGAACCCAACUAUACAUAUAGUCGGAUGCCAUCUGUUCUUGCAGGUUUUUGUCCUCGACAGAUUAGAGCUCAGUGUACUGAACAAGCCAGAAGGAGUGACACCAAGGAUAAGCCUGUACGACUAUGAGUCAAUGAAAAAGAUGGUUGAGCAAAUCACGGUUAACAUCGCUGGUGGAGAAGUCACUUUCAGUGGCGGCAAGGUCAGGAGUGGUAUGGCCGUCGGGGGGCUCGAGUCAGCUGGGAAUCAUACCGUUACAGAAAAAAUGGCUAGGCCUGCUAUUGCCACCAAAAGAGCAAACAAUCCAUGCUCACCAAUGCUACGAUCUUCUUACACGAGAAAUGGCCCGCAGGAAUUUUCAUAUUACAUACGCUCGCGGUACCCUACCAUAUCACCUCAGAAGCUUGGCAUACUUCUACGGGAACAAAAUGCACGCGGCUUAGCAAACAUAUCGGAAAUGAGGCAAGCGUUCCAAUCGAACAUGUUCACCUUCACUGACAAGCUAAUGGCGUGCCUCGGAGAAAUGUGUACAUGCUGUAAGGCACAUGGACGGAAAAUGUGUAUCCUGAAGAGUGAAGAGACAACCAUCCACGCCGCGCCUCGCACUCCAUCAACUGAUCAGCUAAGCACCCCACUAGUCAGCAAGAUUGGACCACGCCUUCCAGCCCCAGGGCUGCAUGAAGGUGCGUUGUCUGCCAGUAGUUCAAUUUCGAGGAAAAGGGAUGGAAGCUUAUCAUCAAGUAUACAAUCUGGUCCGUCGAAGAGGCUUUGUUUACCUUCCCCCAAUGCAGAAGACGGCCUUGGUCAAAAACAGAAACCAAUAGCACAGGAUUCGACGGUUAUGGAGAUUGCCAGCAGCAUCAUGUCAAUGUAUGAUGAUCUAACGGCGAUCCUUGUCACUUAUUAUGCCGAGAUGCGGCCACACCCCACGGCGAUUUUGUUUGGUGCAACAACAGACGGGGCACCUGUGAAGAUUGACCUUGCACAGAGCAACUUUGGGAGGGACCCAUGGGUUGCCGGUUCUGUCCCCCCGCCACCCCCAGAAAACGCGCUUAGGGCUAUACGAGACUGGAUGUCAGCAGCCUCCAUGGCAAAUUUGCAGAGGAAUUGGAUUGUACAUCUUAAACCAAGGUUAAUAUCAAUCGAAGGGUUUGAAAUUCAGCGACAACUUGCAUCUGGAGCACCAAUGUCACAUGAGUUGUGUACUGCUAUAUUUCGGAGGCUUGCCCAACUGGAUCAGUCUUGCUCCAAGGACACGCCCGGUAACAUCUGGAGGAAGUACAUAGAGCCUGACUUUGCUACAACUGUUUUGUCAAACGCCGAUCCAUUGACUGUUCAAUCUAUCCGCACGGGUUUCCAAGAAGGAACAGGUGUUUGCAACCCGGCUUCGUGCAGAAUGUGGUUUAUCCCAGCUAUACUCCCAGACGGAUGGGCUGUCUACCUGUUUGAUAUGAUGCGGAAACGCAUCAUCGUGUUAGACCCAGCAGUUGGACCUUUUGGUUAUAGCAAUCGGCGGGUCAGCAUGCAUGAGUUUGUAAGCAACAAACUUCAUGCUGCCAUGUUUAACUGUCUACAUAAUUUCUUCAGCUCUUGGCAUUGCGACUCCACUAACUGGGGUCGCACAUUUCCUAUCAUAAUGCGGGAAAAAAUAAACAAAGAUGAAACUGGCUUGGGCGCUACGUUCUUUGCAAGGAAUUACGACGGUGACAGGCUACAAAUCCCAUUGACCAAAGAUACAUUGGAAUCACACGGCAACCUCAUGAUUUACGAGCUGAUGCAGAUGCAAGGGAACCAAACAAAGGCGGCACACGAUUCACUCGAAGCAAUCAAAGGAACGUUCCUUGUUCUGUAGGGCAGUUCGGAGGACGAGCAGAUGUUAAAACGAGCAACAAAUCAUGUUACCAUUUCCUCUUUUCUCAAGGACACCUCUGUGACACAUUUGUACUGCAUGAGAAUUCGAGCAUUACACUAUUUCA